CGGGAACCGAUACGUGUGAGGGAAGUGUCAAUCGCACGUCGCUCUGGUAACUCCCUCCCUCCCCCACGGUCCCUUCAUACUACCUACUACCAUCCGGGCCUCCAUGUCCAUGUGGACAAGCGGUGGACAGGAAUCUGAUGAGAUGCUUCCAGUCCAAAUCGGUCAAGGCUGACCGCUCUUUAUAAAACAAUUCCACCAAACGUCUUCUCUCCUCGUCUUCUCGUCGACAUUUCCUCUCUUCUCGUCGACACCUCAAAUAACCGCUGGCAAUGCUUCCCGCCAACGUCAAAAAGGAUAACAACGAACUGCAGGAUUCCGACCAUACUCUUCACGUCCAUGACGUUGUAACUGUGCCGCACUCGGCCGAGAGUGCGUUCGGCAAAGACUCGAUCUUCAACGGCAAAGGCACAACGAAGGAGGACAGCGACCCCAAGGUUUCGUACUUCCAACUUUAUCGCUUUGCAUCCCCGUUCGAUUGGCUCUGUGUCAUCAUCGGAUCCCUCUGCGCCAUCGCGAACGGCGUCGGCCAGCCCCUCGUUGCGCUAUUGAUGGGGGACGUCAUCAACUCUAUCAAUGGGUCCGCUCAAGCAGAUGCCGUCGAUGCAAUACGCACCAUCGUUAUCAAAUUUACCGUCGUCGGUGCGAUCAGUUUUGUCGUGGCCUAUGGUUCGAUGUGUCUGUUCACCCUCUCGGCUGAAAAUCAGACGAAACGAAUCCGUGAGAAAUACCUCCGUGCGAUUCUGCGGCAGGACAUGUCGUGGCACGACACCGGGAAAAACAGCGAGUCGCUCAAUUCACGUUUGAGUGCUGACACACAAUUGAUCUUCGAUGGGUUGGCAGAUAAGGUCGGACUUGUCCUUACCAGCGUCGCUAUGUUUGUAGCUGGCUUUGUGAUUGCAUUCACCCAUGGUUGGCGGAUGUCGUUGGUUCUCUUGACGGCUGUUCCUCUGAUGGCUGUUACUGGAGCCAUUAUGAUGAGGAUCACCACGUCAAACACAGCCGACGGACAGGACGCUUACGCCAAAGCUGGAGGUGUAGCUGAGCAAGCCAUCGCAUCCAUCCGGACGAUCUUCGCCUUCAACGGUCAACACCGGGAGCUCCGCCGAUUCGACACGGUCCUCGCCGAAGCAUACAAAUCCGGUGUGCGCAAGUCAUGGGCAACUGGGCUCGGUAUGGGUUGCUUCAUGUUGAUCUUGUUCCUGAGCUACUCGCUUGCGUUCUGGUACGGAUCCAAACAAGUGCGCGAUGGUUACAUGGCAUCGGGCGACGUCCUGACCGUCCUGUUUGGGACGGUCAUUGGUGCCUUCUCAUUGGGCAAUGUGGGACCCAACAUCGCGAAUUUCGCCAAGGCUCAAGCAGCUGCCUACACGAUCUUCAAGACCAUUGACCGCAUACCCCCAAUUGACUCCUUCGACCCCGCCGGCCUCAAGCCGAAGAACUUAAGCGGCCACAUUGUCGUUGAAGACGUCAGCUUUGCGUAUUCAAGCCGGCCCGAUAUUCCUGUCUUGAACCUCAUGAACAUGGAAGUCCGUCCAGGGCAGUGCGUGGCCUUGGUCGGUCACUCUGGAAGUGGUAAAAGCACGAUCAUCAGCCUCCUCGAACGGUUUUACGAUCCGAGCAAUGGUGCUAUCACUAUCGAUGGGUUUGAUAUCAAGACCUUGAAUGUGCGACAUCUCCGAGACCUUAUCGGAAUCGUCUCGCAGGAGCCGGUGUUGUUCAAUGCUACCAUCAAACAAAACAUACAGUACGGGACUCGGGAAGAGCAGACGCCGCCAACGGACAAGGAUAUUGAAGAGGCAUGUCGCAUGGCGAAUGCGCACGAUUUUAUUUCGAAGCUACCCAACGGCUACAAUACAAUGGUCGGAGAGAAGGGCGCCCUCCUCUCCGGUGGGGAGCGGCAACGGAUCGCCAUCGCUCGGGCCUUGAUCAAGAAGCCAGCAAUACUUCUCUUGGAUGAGGCGACCUCAGCUCUGGAUACCGAGUCGGAGCGCAUGGUGCAAGCUGCCCUGGACAACGCCACCGCCGGCCGUUCAACCAUCGUUAUCGCCCACCGUCUCUCGACGAUAAUGAAGGCAGAUCGAAUCUACGUCAUGGACAAAGGAGUGGUCGUGGAGUCGGGAACACACGAAGACCUUAUGAAGCGCGGGAGCGUCUACACAGCCCUUGUUGCCAAGCAACAACUCAAAACGGGUGGGGUGGAUGUAGGACUCGAUGUCCCUCGGACGUCCACUCUCCAGACGACAAGCACAGGUUCUGGCAGUACACAUCAGACUGGCGACAAGCCGGACGGCUCAUUCCGACGGAACCUGCCUCAGCAUUCCGGAACAACAGUAGAAGGCGCUACCGUCAUCAGCAUUUCGGAAGAUCAGGAAACCUCUAUGGCACGAGAGAAGAAGGAAGCUGCGAGGAAGCUCAAAUUGGCAAAGGCACCCAUCGGGCGCACGCUCAAGUACCUCCGAGAAGACAUCGCACUAUGUCUUCUGGGCGUCUUCUUUGCUAUCAUUCAAGGCGGUCUGUUCCCGACUUUCGCAAAGGUGUUCGGGCAAGCCAUCGCGCUUCUCUCCAGCUUCGACACGGUCGGGGAUGAGUUCAUCCCCAAGGCCAACCACUACGCCUUGAUCUUCCUGCUCAUUGCUGUCGUCGGCUUCAUUGGUUUCGGCGCCGGACUGACCAUUUUCCUGAUCGUUGGCGAGCGCAUGACCCGUCGAAUGCGGCACCUGAGCUUUAGGGCCAUCCUCAGUCAAGAAAUUGGAUUCUUUGAUCUUCCGGAGAACUCCACGGGCGCUUUGGCGAGUCGAUUGGCGACCGACGCUCAGCAGAUGCUUGAUAUGGUCAGCCAGGUGAUUCUGACCACUGUUUCGUCGCUUGCGACCAUCGCGAUCGGCCUAGGUUUGGCAUUCGCCGCAACAUGGCAGAUGACGCUGAUCAUCCUUGCUGCCAUUCCGGUCAUUGGGUUGGGGCAGUACCUCGAACUGGCGUCGUUGACGGGCUUCGGUGAGAAGACGCGCAAGGCGUAUGAGAAGUCGGGGCAGGUGGCUGGGGAGGCCAUUGCGCACAUCCGCACCGUUGCCUCACUUGCGAAAGAGGACAUAUUUGAGAGGCGCUACAUUGAAGUCACAAAGGAACCGCACAGAUACGCUUUGCACAAAGCACUCUUUGCCAGCUUCGGUUUUGCGCUUUCACAGGGCGUUGCGUUUUGGGCCUACAGCAUUGGCUUCUACGGGGGCUACCGGCUCGUCGAGAACAGCAUAAUUACAUGGGGGCAGAUGUUUGAGUGCAUGUUUGCAGUCGUUUUCACGGCGAUCAGUCUCGGGCACAUCACCGCGGAGUUGCCAAAAUACGCGAAAGGGAAGCAGUCCGCAAUCAACAUAUACGAGCUCUUCGAUAAACAAACGUUCAUUGACGCCGACCAGGACGGCGUCAAAUUUGAGGCCGUCAACGGGUAUGCAGGGCUCGACAAGGUCAACUUUCAUUACCCGACUCGCCAAGACGUUAGCGUGUUCACAGACGUGGAUGUAGAUGUCCAACCGUCGCAGAUGGUUGCGCUGGUGGGACCAUCGGGCUGUGGCAAAUCGACCGUCAUCGCGCUGUUAGAGCGCUGGUAUGAUGUGAUUGGCGGCCAGGCUACGCUGGAAAAAUACGAUAUUCGAAACUUGCAGCUCCACAACGCUCGUAAACACAUGGCGCUCGUGGGACAGGAGCCAGUGCUGUUCGACAUGUCCGUCAAGGACAAUAUCCUCUACGGGGUUCCUGAUGGCGAGAAGGGCUCCAUGGAGGAGGUCGAGGCCGCUGCCAAACUUUCCAACAUUCACGACUUUGUGAUGUCCUUACCCGACGGGUAUGACACGAGCGUUGGCCAACUUGGGAGCCAAAUCAGCGGGGGCCAAAGGCAACGAAUCGCCAUAGCACGCGCUCUGAUACGUCAACCCCGGCUCUUGCUGCUCGAUGAGGCCACAUCGGCGUUAGACUCCGAGUCGGAGAAAUUAGUCCAAGAGGCUCUGGACAAGGCCCGCCACGGUCGCACCACGAUCGUAAUUGCGCACCGCCUUUCAACCAUUCAAGAUGCGGAUAUGAUUUUGGUUGUCAAGGACGGGCGAGUCAUUGAGUCCGGGCGACAUUAUGAGUUGGUCGGUCUGGGCGGCGUGUAUGCGGCGUUGUGUCUGAAGCAGGAUUUAGCGGUGCCCAGCGAGUAGAUUCGAAGACUAUGUCCACGCGGAUGUACAGUAAUUCCCUUGGAUAUGCGCAGUUUGUUAUUUUGACUGUGGUCUGAUUUUGUUUGCGCAUAUACACUGCAUUGUUCCUUAAAUAACGAGACUUGUCCGAAUGACAACACAACUGUCAACGCA